UACAGUCUUCGUUUUCGCAUCUGUACGUACUUUUGGGCCGCUCUGCGUAGCCCGGUACAUGACGUGGUGGACGCCGUUGCGACAUGGAGCUCUGUGCCAUGCAGCCACUACGGCUACUUGGUGGUGGCGCUGAGAGCUCGAUGCUGAUUUAAUCGCGAAUCGCGGAGAAAUUAUUUUUGCCCUUACGUCUAAAACUUGCGUGAAAUGACAUCUUGUGCUUGGACGUCAUGGGAACGAUUUCCAUCUGUCAGCACCAAAGAAGCUCCGACUUGACAGCUCUGAUCACGCUGGUUUUCUUCGUAUUGCUAACCGUCACUCUUAGCGCAAGGCAUCUUGGCUACGAUCCCCGUGCGUUCCUGUCCAGUGCAUCUCGUGGCUUGCGCCAGGAAUGCUUAGGACAACAAGAUUAUCGAAAGGUCGUCGAGCGACACGUCGACGUAAACGAAUCGGAGAAGAACAUCUUCUUCCUCGAGACUGCCGGCGCGUCGUGCAUCAGUGAACGUGCUGCGUGCGCCAUCGAGUCCGCAGCUCUACGGCAUCCAUACUACACAGUUUGGCUUCUGACCAUACUGGAGAUACAGGAUUGCAGGCCUCUCAAGAACUUGCUACAACUGCCAAACUUCCGACUGCUCAACAUUGACCUAAACUCAAUGAUCAAAGACAGUGUUCUUGUGCACUGGUAUCUAAAGGACGACUGGAACCACAGUCCUUUCCGUGUAAACCACCUGAGCGACGCCUUGAGGCUGCUGAUCCUUUGGAAAUACGGCGGCGUCUAUGCGGACAUGGACGUCCUAACUCUCAAGAGCUUCGGCGAACUGCGAAACGUCGUCGCCCGAGAGCUAUUCCCCGACGUCGGCAACAGCGUCAUGGUCUUCGACAGAGGGCACCCCUUCCUCUUGCGUUGCCUUGAAGAGUUCAGUAGAACGUACAAAUCUCGCAAGUGGGCUCACAACGGACCCCGGCUCCUGGAACGCGUGCUGUCAUGGUUCUGUCCACGGAACCUUCUCGGAAAGCUGCCACUCGUCCAGUGCUCCGGCGUCACGGUGCUUCCAGGCACUGCCUUUUAUCCCAUCAACUACCUGGAGUGGCAGAAACCAUUUCAGAGAAACGAGACAGCGGCGGUGUUGCGGGCCACAACCGACAGCUACGCCCUGCACUUGUGGAACUCGUACAGUCGAGCCGCAACGGUGGAGCGCGGCUCAGCUUACGAUAUGCUCCGAAAGAAGUUGUGUCCGAUAACGAACAGGCUCACGAAGGGCUACAGCGGCCGUAAGAAAAGUUCUGGACGCUGAAGGAGCAAAACCGCUAUCUGCCGACCAGUGUUGGCCGUCAUGGUUGGAGCCAAAGUGGCGUGAUAAUUGUGUCUAUUGCUUACAUGCCAUGUCGUUGGUGAAUUCAUUUUGCGUCGCAAUCUGGAACAGCCCGGCGAAAUGGGUUCCGACGCAUGCCACACCACACGGCAGGCAAAGAAAUAUGUUCGCACGUUCCAUGGGCUCCUAUAGAUUAGGCGGCGAGCUUCUAAUCUGAUAUAGGCCAUAUCAGCGUCACCCUAUUCUUUGUCAGCUAUGUGGCAGCAGGUGUAGCCGAAUUUACCUGGUGCGCACGGCAGGCAUCGGAAAUGGUUAUGUUUUAUCGCGACUCGGAGGUUGAGCUUGAAAACUAAGAUUUGUAAUCUAGAAACGUUGGCUGCACCUGUGCGCCAUAAGCAACUUUGCUUGCCUCUCAGUACUCUCUUCUUAUAGUGUCGACAAAUAACGGUGUAAUUUUUUCCAGCUGCUUCAGUCACUGUCAUAUGGAGAUGCGUAAUACAUUAAAGACAAGUUUAGGCUGGCAUGCGAACCAAAUUUUUAUUUUUUCCCCUAGAUUGGGUUGUGUUAGUAUUCGUAUUGGCGUAAGAGCAGCGGCUGAAUUUUGUGGCGCUCGUAAAAUACACUACUGAUACAAAAAAUACAACACAGUUCAUUAGGAAUGCCACCCAUUUCCAAUAAUUAUAACUUGAUUACAUUUAGUAGAAAUGGGCAGCAUGCUUUUUUACACAUAGUUUGUGCAGCGCAGAGUUGAUUCUGGACAUUUCAAAAUGGAGGUAACAACGGCAGCGUGGCACUUUCAAAUACUUACUUAAAAACUUCUUUGCAAAAGCUACAUUUAAUGCACCAGUAUUUAUCUUGACAUAGUGAUUUAUCAUAGUAUCCCGCCUAUUUCUUGAUAAGUGUGAUAUUGGGGGCUCUAGUAUUUAUGCCAGGGCUGUGGGCUAAAUCCUGUGCCGCAAGUAAAACUCAAUUAUUUGCACUCUGGAGCAUUUGAAUGCGUAAUUUAUUGCAGAAGCCGUAAUUACCUCAGAUAUAUUGAGUUUUGUCUAUGUAUAUCCCUAACGUGUCCCUUAUUUUCUCCGAAUAUAAACUUUAUGUAAGAAAUGUAAUUAAAUUAUGAGGUUUUACGUGCCAAAACCACGAUCUGAUUAUGAGGCACGCCGUAGUGGGGGACUCCGGAAAUUUGGACCACCUGGGGUUCUUUAACGUGCACCUAAAUCCUGAGUACACGGGUGUUUUCGCAUUUCGCCCCCAUCGAAACUUCAUGUCACGUAGAUUUGGCUCGCGACACAGAAACCGAGCAUAAAAUGGGCAUAAAAGACACUUAAUAUUUUUUUUUACAAAGGCAGCGUGCGAUGCACGUGCAUUUACUUCUCGCACAAAUUUGCCAUAGUGUUCCCCCAUGUUUGCUCAAUUUGAUGUUGGGGGUAUUUGUAAGUAUAUUGGAGCAGUGGGUUAAUUUUUUCAUUCGGAGCCUAUUCCUUUCCGCGAAUUCUACCAACAUCUCUCCUCUAGUGUUCCUAGAACCGAUGCCGCAGUUGCCAAUUGGUUGCUCAUCAGCCUGCUUUUCCCCCGCUUUUGCAUUGAAAUAUCCCAUGACUGCAGUACACUGCGUUUGCACCUUUCUCAUUGCUAAUUCAACAUCUUCAUAAAAAUGUUCUAUUCCUUCAUCGUCGUGACUGGAGGUUGGGGCGAAGGCUUGUACUACCUAGACGCGCAUAUCAAAUGCCAAUUCUACGUAGUUCCCUGCAGUGCCUCAGCGCGUGAAAUCUGAGCCUAUUUGAGCGUAAGCGCCGCUCAACUAAAACUGUAUCCUGCCGAGCAAAACUUUGUUACACGCAAAAAUACUACUUCUCCCCGGCAGCUACGAGUAACCAGUGCCCAAACGAUCGUCAGGCAGCCAUCUCCCAUUUCUUUCGAAACGAGGCAGUCUCCGGCUGUUCCAAAAAUGUACAGUUUUGUUUUGGCAUAAUAAUGCAUCUUUGGUGCGUACACAUCACUUUGCCGUGUGGGUUUCCGCGGUUUCGAUAGGUCACGUGAUAGUGAACUCGGCUUGGCCCGAAAAACAUUUCACCAAUCGUUCAAGGCUAAUGAUGACCAAGGCGUAGAAUCGGAAAGAAAUGCUUUUGUUUUGUUCGGCCUAUUAACCCAUAAGCAGUGUGCACACGUUAUCUUGAGAUGGGGACUGUUUGCGGUUUCUGCGACGCCUCGUGACAGGCAGGCGAAGUGGACGCGGAACAAAAAAUGUUUGACGAAUCUGGAGGCCUGACGAAGGAAAAGGAGCAUGAAUGGAGACAGAUUAGAAUAGCUUUACGUGAUAGCGCCCUAGUACUGAGUAUUUAUUUUAAAAUCACAUAGUUGAUCUGGAUAUUUAAGACGUUCGGUACACGCCACCCAUAAAAUGGUCAAAAUAUCAAAUUUCUGCUGUUCUUGGACCUCUGAAAGAAGUGAGGAACCUUGUACGCGUUUCAUAAUAAAGCUUCUAAUUGGGCCAGAAACGAAGGCUUAAAAUUUUUUUAAUUUAAUGAGUAAUUGAUACAAACACCCGAAUAUUCGCCUGAAUAUUGCGCCUUAAAUUCUGCACAUUUUUUUUUUCAAAAUACAAACUUGGUGAGUGAUUUAUUCGUCUGAAUAUUGUUUUUUCGCCUGAAUAAGUUUUUUGGAAAACCUUGAAAACAAGCAUAUAACAUUUUUUGAGUGCUUUUAAUCGAAUUACAAGCGUGGCGUAAAACGAAGCCACGUAUUAGCGCGAAAGCGUUUAGGGGCCCUUGUCGCAGAAAAUCUGGCGUCGGCGUCCGUGUCGGCGUUAAACAUCGGCGUCGGCAAUGUCGAGCCACAUCAGUCCGCACCACCCCGACCGGGUGGGCCCUUCGCGUGGCGCAAGGCGUUAUUGAACAAAACUUGAAUUUCUCAAAGUAAAAUCCGUCGAAAAAACCGUAAAGUACGACUUAAUCGCAACCUACAGGCUUGAUAGCGUCGGAUUGUAAUUUGAACAUACGAGAAAAACACCUGAUAAGCAGCCAGGGACUAUUGAAUGCUAUCGCAUUCCACUCUUAAAGGCCAAGCUUAAGCGUCCGCCCACGUCCUCCCAUUUUUUAUCUUUUCUUUUUUUUAUAUAUGGAAGCUUGGCUAACGUUAGCUGGUACACACUAUAUAAAGCGUGACUUUGCAUGCGUGCGCGCGCGAGCCUCGUUCAGUUGCCAUUGCUCUUACGGUGCACACCAUCAGAUCUUUGGGUCGUAGACCGCUAUAUAAGCAAGGCGGCACCCCACGAUCGAGUGCAGAGAUUUUGCAAAGCACAGGUCCGGCAAUGGACCCUGCUGAAUGCGGUCAUGCUGUGGCC